AUGGAUACAAAGAUCUCGAGUUUGAAUGACCCGCCAAGACUUUUGUCUGGGCCACAACUUCUACAUGAUUUGAUCCGAUGGGAUGAAUACCAAAAUUCCUGUGCAAUUGACUUCACCAGUCACGACAGACGAGAGAGGUACCUUUAUCGAGAUAUACAAGCUUGUGUAACGUCUCUCGUUACACGAAUCCAAUCAACGAUCAAAGGUUAUGAAACAUCUCAACAGCAGCACAUCGUCCCAAUAUUGCUACCACAAUGUCCUGGGUUAUACAUCUCUCAACUCGCAAUCUUGCAGUCGGGAGGGGCCUUUUGCCCUAUCAACCUCGAUGCGCCGAGAGAUAGAAUACGAUUUGUCGUGGGCGACGUUUCUGCGAGUAUUAUAAUUACGACACCGGAGUUUCAAGACUCGGUUUCUUGGAAAAAUGGCCCCAGAGUUAUUGUCGUCGACGAGUUCCCCAUUAUUCCCACCGAACUGGAAGAAACAAAUGAAUCACGUGAACCCACCAGCAAUGAUCUUGCAUAUGUUAUGUACACUUCUGGUUCAAGCGGAACCCCAAAAGGAGUUACAGUCAGUCAUUUAGCUGCUUCACAGUCUCUUCUAGCUCACGAGAGUCUUAUUCCCAAUUUUGAACGAUUUCUCCAGUUUGCUGCACCAUCCUUCGAUGUCUCCGUAUUUGAGAUCUUCUUCCCUCUGACUAGAGGUCAAACAUUGGUUGGGUGUGAUCGUAGUCAGCUACUCAACGAUUUACCAGGCAUGAUCAACAAGUUAGAGAUUGAUGCUGCCGAACUUACUCCAACCGUUGUGGGUGCUUUAUUACAGAAGAGAGCUUAUGUACCUAAAUUGAGGUUGCUGAUGACGAUCGGUGAAAUGAUGACGAGGCCAAUCGUAGAAGAAUUCGGUGGAUCUGACACAAAAGAGAGCCUUCUUUAUGGAAUGUACGGACCGACUGAAGCAGCCAUUCAUUGCACGAUUCACCCCAAAAUGGAAGCAAGUGCUAAGCCGGGAAAUAUUGGAGUACCCUUUGAGACAGUAUCUGCAUUCAUAGCGGAAGCGGCCUCUGGGUCUGGAAAUGAGCAGGAUCUCAAAUUUCUUCCCCAGGGUGAGCUCGGAGAGCUUAUUUUAGGUGGCCCACAACUAGCAAAUGGCUAUCUUAACAGAGAAGAGCAGAACAGAGCUGCCUUUGUGACAGUGGCAGACAAAAGAUACUAUAGAACUGGUGAUAAAGGUCGAAUUCUUGAAGAUGGAAGUAUAGAGAUUCACGGCCGUAUGAGUGGUGGACAAGUUAAGCUACGUGGUCAACGUGUCGAACUUGGGGAGAUAGAAGAUGCUGUCUACAAACAUCCGGGCAUUAAGACGGUUGUAGCAGUCGUGAUAAGUGGAGUACUUAUUGUGUUCGCUCUCACAGAUGAAGAAGAAACUCAUUCUGAUCGAGUUCUGAACACCUGCUCACAGUGGCUUCCGAGUUUCAUGGUACCCAGCGAGAUCAUUCUUCUGCAAGAAUUUCCUUAUCUACCGUCGGGAAAGGUAGACAAAAGAAAGUUGCAAGCAAACUACCAGCAACAACGUGCAGAAGGGGACGAACAAUCAAACUUCACACAAACUGAAGUAAUUGUGAGAGAAGUCCUGCGCGAGAUACUUGGUCCAUUCCCCCCAAAUAUACGUUUGGCAGCGGCAGGCCUUGACUCGCUCAUUUCUAUCAAAGUAUCCAGAGAACUUCGAUUGCGGGGAUUCAACGUUGCAACUUUAGCUGUUUUACAAGCUGAAACAUUAACCUCGCUAGCGAGACUUUGUGAAAAUUGUCCCCAGGUUCCAAGUUCAGGCAAGGCUCAAUUGGCCACAACCAACUCAGAAAUGCACGCUAUGUUGAAUGGCAAUGCAAAUGACGUCGAAAUUUCAUAUCCAUGUACUCCGCUUCAAAAUGCAAUGCUUGCUGAAACUGCCCUCGACGGGAAAGCUUACCGCAACUGGAUCCAGUUAAGUUUACCUGGACUCAGCGAUAUCGAAAAACUCCAUACAAAGCUACAAGAUCUCGCUGAUUGCAAUCCAAUCUUGAGGACUGGUUUCGCAGAGUCCUCUGGUAAUGGUGGAUAUAUGCAGUUUGUAUGGAAAACGUUUCCCGGUUCAAACAUAAAAACAGUGGACGUAUUCACGUACGAUUUUGGGGUUGAAAGUGCGUCACUUCAUCGCCCGAUUGUUUUCCAGAUUCUACCUACUAAGUCCUGUCUAAAACUCUUGAUCCAUAUUCAUCAUGCUUUGUAUGACGCCUGGUCGAUAGAUCUUCUGCUUGAUGAUUUGAAUUGUCUGUUGCAAGAUGACGUUCCAAUUCCACGCCCGUCAUUCGCGGAUGUUGUGGGGGGUUAUCUUAAUGGCAGCCUCUCUUCUGACUCCCAAGUAUCUAAAGAUUAUUGGAAAGAUCAUAUGGCGCACCUCGAGCUUAGGAAUUUGCCAAAUUUUCACACAGCCAAGGUUGCUUCCGCUAGAUUGGCUGUGGCGCAUUACUCGACCCAACUUUCAACUUUAGACGUUGAACUAGCCGCGAAGCAACUGGCUUCGAGUCCACAGGCUAUUUUUCAAGCUGCAUACGCUCUGAUCUUAGCCUCUUACUUAGGAUCAACAGAUGUUUGUUUUGGCACUGUUUUUUCUGGCAGAACUAUCCCCCUUGCCGGAAUAGAAGAUAUUAUCGGACCAUGCCUCUCAACCUUACCGAUCCGUAUCGAUACCUGCAUAGCUUCCACUCUCCAAGAUCUUGUAGAAGAAAUAAACAGUAUAAAUAGGAAACAUCUCGAGCAUAGCACCAUUCCACUUCGCGAGAUCAAAUCAGUCAAUGGUUUCGAGCCUCGACAACCAUUGUUUGAUACACUUCUGAUAUGGCAACAGACUCUCCAUAGUUAUGACCACAGCAGAAAGAAUGUCAUUCUUAUCGACCAGCUUGAUCAACUGGAGUUUAAUUUAACUCUUGAAAUAACUCCUACAUCUAACACAAUUCAAUUCAAAGCAAAUUACCAACAGUCGAUAUUCCCAGAAAGCCAGAUAGACAUGCUUCUGCGUCAAAUUGAAGAUGUCGCGAAAACAAUCAUCCAACACGCAGGAUCUUCGCCUAUCAAUGUCUUCAAUGAAAGCAAAUCUGAAUUACUCUCUUUGGAGAACCACACACCUAGCGUUGACCUUGGACCCGAGACACUGAUAUCCCCAGUGGAAAAAGUUGCAGAAGAAGAUCCCGAUCGUCCAGCAAUUGCGUUUGCUAGCAGAAUCGAGGGAGACAGUUCAGAUAUUCAAUACAUGAGUUAUGGUGCUUUGAAUAAUCGUGCAAAUCAGCUGGGCCACUACCUAUCUAAUCAUGGCGUUCUGCCAAAUGAUAUCGUUUGCAUAUGUCUCGAAAAAAGUCAUGAUUUUUAUGCCUCAGUACUAGCUAUCACGAAACUCGGCGCAGGUUAUCUCCCAGUAACUCCCGAUAUGCCACAUAACCGAUUGUAUCAUAUCUUGAGCGAAGCUAAGGUAAAGGUAUUGAUUGGGCAUUCCUCAUCACGAAAACUGUUAGAACAAUUUACGGAGCAAAAGAUUGUUCACAUCGAUGAGGUUGAUUUGGAUCAACAACCUACGAAGAACCUUGCCAGUUCCUUUAAACCGGAGAACAUCUCAUAUUGCGUAUUUACUUCGGGUAGCACUGGAACUCCAAAAGGAGUCCUUGUCACACAAGGCAAUCUUCUGAGCAACCUUGACGUCUUAGCGGAGAUCUAUCCAGCAACUAGCGAGUCUAGACUUCUCCAGUCAUGUUCACAGGCCUUUGACGUGUCUGUCUUCGAAAUUUUCUUUUCGUGGAGAAUUGGUGGAUGUCUGUGUUCUGCUGUAAAAGACGUUUUGUUUCGAGACAUAGAACUUGCAAUUCGCGUUCUGGAAGUGACUCAUCUCAGCUUGACACCUACUGUUGCUGCUCUAAUCGACCCACUCAAAGUUCCUAAAGUAGAGUUCUUGGUCACUGCUGGAGAGGCUGUGACGCAAAAAGUUUUCAAUACAUGGGCUGGCCAUGGACUUUACCAGGGUUACGGUCCCAGCGAAACGACUAAUAUUUGCACUGUCAAGCCACGGGUCACCCUAGAUGACCGUAUUGACAAUAUUGGUCCCCCUUUCAAAAAUACGUCUGUUUUUGUGGUUGCUCGUAACUCCGAGGUCUCCUUGGUACCAAGAGGCGGCGAGGGCGAAUUUUGCUUUGGUGGCUCUCAGGUCUUCAGAGGAUACAUGAAUCGAGCUCAAGAAGAGGGAAAGAUUGUUGAUCAUCCCGAAUAUGGACGUCUAUAUAAAAGUGGCGACUUUGGACGUCUGAUGUCAGACGGAUCUCUUGUUUUCACAGGCCGAAAAGAUGACCAAGUCAAGAUCAGGGGCCAACGAGUUGAGCUUGGCGAGAUUAAUAAUAUCUUGAUCUCUUUACCAGAUAUUGCAGAUUGUGUAACAAUGGUUGUAAAUGGGCAAGGUAGUUCACAACGCUUAGUUUGCUUUUUUACGACUCAGGCAACAACGUCCGGGAAUCUUCAUCCUCUUCACGUUGACCCAAUUAUUGUUAGCGAACUUUAUAGAAUACUUGAGUCAAAGCUCCCGAGCUAUAUGGUACCUUCAAACCUAAUUCCGGUUUCGAACCUUCCAUCGACGUCGCAAGGCAAGAUUGACAAGCGUCGGCUGAUUAGCUUGUAUGAAAGCUUUGAGCUCGCGUAUCUUGACUCAACUACUAAAUCUUCAAAGUCUUCUAUAGAUCAUCAGUGGACAGAACUUGAGCUCGAGAUUCGCUCCUCAUUGAGUGAAAUUUCAAAAGUUCCAGUAGAGGACAUUGGUCCAGAUACAUCAUUCUUUAGCUUUGGUAUCGACUCAAUUUCGGCAAUUGCAUUUUCGCGGACGCUACGUCAGAUAAUCGCAAAACCGAUUGAUAUUUCUGACAUUUUGAAGCAUACUUCUGUAGUCAGACUUGCAGAACAUUUAUCAACAUCCGAUGGGCUUGCACGCGACAACAUCUUGAUGGUUGAUACAAACUUAGGACUCACCGAUGACUUUGUAGCGUAUACUUUGUCCCAGUUUACCAAUCCGGAUAGAGUUGCGAUAAGCGUUUCACCUUGUACGCCUUUGCAAGAAGCUAUGCUAUCUGCGGCUGAGUCUUCCUCAGGCACUUCGUAUAACAGCCAUGUUAUGUUUAAUAUAUUUGGUGAUCUUGAACGACUUCGUGGCUGUUGGCAAGAAAUGGUUCGGAGACAUGAAAUUUUACGAACUUGUUUUCUUGCUACAGAAAUGCAAAAAUUCCCUUACGUUCAAGUCGCGUUGCAAGACUUUGAGCUCGAAUUCGGCUCUCUUGAGUCUAGCACUUUGGAAGCUGCCAUUCUUGAAGUGGAGACACAUUUAUCACACAACAAUAAUACCCCACCCUACAAAGUUAACAUCCUGCAUUUCAAUGGCCAAAAGCGUCUUUUGGUCUCAAUGCAUCACGCACUUUAUGAUGGAGUCGCCCUGGCAAUUCUUUACGAUGAAAUUGAGAGGCUGUACAAUGAUUUGCCUCUACUUCCCGAAGUUUCCUUUACUCCAUUUCUAGAACACAUGAGCUCAAUGGAUAUCGAUUCUUCCGAUAAAUUUUGGGAAUCUACUUUACAAGGAUACUAUCCACUUCACUUCGAAGAUAUGCCAAAUCUGCCUGGCCGAGUUGAAAUGGACAGCACUCGCAUUCAGAAGCUGACGGCGCAAAUGCCUCUUAGCGGCGUCGAAAAUAAUAUCAAGAAGCAUAGUACAACCUCUCUCGCGGCGUUCCAUGCGAUCUGGGCUAGCGUCAUAUCUGAACUUUUCAAGAGCACUGAUAUUUGCUUCGGCAAUGUAAUCAGUGGCCGCACUGCCCCAGUCGAUGGAAUAGAAAGACUUGUUGCGCCCUGUUUCAACACAGUUCCAGUUCGAUUGAAAAACCUUCACAAGUCCACUUAUCUUGAGGCAUUCAGAAAAUUACAAAAUGCAAAUGCCAACUCCUUGCCAUACCAAUUCACUCCUUUAAGACGACUCCAGUCAAAGUUCAGUCCCGAUGGAACUCGUCUAUUUGAUACCCUUUUCAUUUUACAACAACCGUCGAAGGAACUCGACUCUUCUAUAUGGUCCAUUGUGGAAGAAAAUGGUGCCAUGGAUUUUCCUUUAGUCUGUGAAAUUAUACCCAAACCCAGCAACGAUACCCUUGAGAUUGUUCUUCAUUCGUCUACUUCAAUGUUUUCCGAUUACGAUGCAAAUAAUUUAAUUCAGAGAUUCGAAGAUUUAUUACAAACCGCCCUAGAGAACCCUCGGCGUCAGAUUAUUUCCUCGCUGGCGAGAGCGCAGAUCCUCGCCGGUGACGAGGAAAGAGAGAAAAAAAGGGUGCAAAUUUCGGACCCGCAACGCCAGGACAAAGCUAUGAGUCCACUUGAACUAGAGAUUCGAGGUGUAUUCGCAGGAUUUACAGAUGUUCCUUUAGAAAAAAUCGCUCGGGAUACUAGCAUUUUUAGAUUGGGUCUCGAUAGUAUUAGUACAGUUCAGGUUGCGUCUCGCUUAAGAGCCCAAGGACAUGACAUUCUUGCGAGUGAUAUCCUACAGUAUCCUACCAUUGCGCAGGUUGCUUCGCAUCUUGAACAAAACGAAUAUCCAGUGAAAGAUAAGGAUAUUCAGUAUGAUUUCGCUUCUUUUGAUCAGAAACAUCGCGAGCCAAUCUGUUCGAACUUUGGAGUCUUAUCCAAUAAUGUUGAAGCCAUCAGACCCUGCACAGCUGUACAACAAGGCAUGCUUGCGCAAAGUUUGCAUUCCGGUGGGCAUGAAUAUAUUAACAGCCUGUGUCUGGAAGUUCUACCCGAUCACUCACUAGAAGAAGUCAAAGAUUCUUGGACUAAAGUCUGCAAGGCUCAUGAAAUCCUUCGGACAGCAUUUGCCCAAACUGAAGAUCCAAGUCAUCCGUUCGCAAUGGUAACAUUCAAAGAAGACUUUUUCGUUCUCCCAUGGUUUGAAACUAGAACCCAAGCACCUUCUGAGGACAACGAUCGUCUCCGAAACCCAUGGGACAUGACCGUGAAUGGAAAGGGGGACAAAACUCUCCUCGUUUUCACUGCACAUCACGCACUGUACGAUGCCCAAUCUAUGCAGAUGAUUUUUUCGGACUUUACCAAGUUAUAUCAUCGUCAAGAAGUGGGCAGUCGACCUAGCAUCAACACACUUUUGGGCUCAGUUCUACAAGCAUCUGAAGGGACCCAAGAUGAGAAACAAGCAUUCUGGCAACUGCCUGAAAAUCGGAUUGUGGUUAACAAGUUCCCUGAUCUAACUCCCCUCCGUGUCACAACACCUAGCAAUGCAGUUUGCGAGAUAAAAUCUUCGGCUUCACUGAAAGACCUUGAGAAUAGAUGUCGAGAACUUGGAGUCACUAUGCAAGCAGCUGGGCAAGCUACUUGGGCGAGGUUUUUGAUGGCGUAUACCGGAGAGAAUGCCACGACUUUCGGCAUGACGCUUUCUGGUCGAUCCGUGUGUGAUGAUGCCAAUUCAGUCGCCUUCCCAACUAUUGUUACACUUCCUGUCAAUUGCAACGUGGUUGGUAGUAACAAUGAAUUGUUGUCCAGGACUAUGUUAUCUAAUGCACAACUUCAUAAUCAUCAAUUUACGCCAUUGACAUCAAUACAAAAGUGGUCUGGGUACCCUGAGGGUCGGAUAUUUGACACCUUAUUUGCGUACCAAAAAUUACCAGAAGAUGUAGAGAUUCUGAGUUCGCCUUGGAAAGUAGUCAAAGAGGAAGCUACAGUGGACUACGUCGUGUCUCUAGAAAUCCAACCCUUAUCAUCGGGUGAUAUCAUAAUCCGCUUAUCAUUCAGAGAAGAUGUCGUACCCGCAGCUCAUGCUGAGCUCAUUGUCAGACAAUUUGAUGCAUUACUACUAGACACCCUCCAGAAUCCAGAUCAUCCUUGCAACAUAGCACCCGAAGCUGGAGUUGAGUUACUCUCCAUUACUCCUGCACAGGAUCCUGUCCUUCCGGACUCCGUAACCCUUCUGCAUCAGUACGUUGAAAGAGGGGCCAAGACAUGGCCAGAUAAGGUCGCACUAGAGUUCGCAACUUGUCUUCAGCCAGGAAAAUAUAGAAGUCAAAAAUGGACAUAUCGACAAUUGGACGAAGAGUCCAACAGGGUAGCUCAGAUGCUCCAUACACGUGGAACUACUCCGGGCGAGAUAAUUGCCAUUUGUUUUGACAAGUGUGCGGAGGCUUCUUUUGCAAUUGUUGGUAUCAUGAAGGCUGGUUGUGGUUAUGUUGCACUGGAUCCAAAUGCUCCGGCUGAUCGCUUAAAAUUCAUCGUGAAGGACUCUGCUGCGAAAUUAAUCAUUAGCGCAGGCAUCCCAGCCCAGUCUUUGAGAUCUUUCGUGGACGGGGAAAUGAUCGAUUUGACUGAUCCAGCCAAGCUUCGUGAAUUUGCCCCUGAAGCCCCUGAACUUUCCAGAGAAAUCACCCCCGAGGAUAUAUCCUAUUGUUUGUACACGUCUGGAACAACAGGAACACCGAAAGGAUGUCUACUUACUCAUGACAAUGCGAUCCAAGCGAUGCUUGCAUUUCAAAGAUUGUUUUCUGGCCAUUGGACCACCGACUCGAAGUGGCUACAAUUUGCUUCUUUCCACUUUGAUGUGAGUGUGUUGGAACAAUUUUGGAGUUGGAGUGUUGGAAUUUGUGUAGCUACAGCUCCUCGAGAUUUGAUUUUCGAGGAUAUUCCAGUUGCGAUUCAACAACUAGGUAUCACGCACAUUGAUCUAACACCAAGUCUUGCACGUUUAUUACAUCCAGACGAUGCCCCAUCAUUAUGCAAAGGUGUUUUCAUUACUGGUGGCGAACAACUCAAGCAAGAAAUUCUUGAUGUAUGGGGCGAGCAUGCUUGCAUUUACAAUGGAUAUGGACCAACUGAAGCUACCAUUGGUGUGACUAUGUAUCCUCGAGUACCGAAGAACGGCAAACCUUCCAACAUUGGCCCUCAAUUUGACAACGUCGGAUCAUUUGUUCUGAAGCCAGGAACCGAGCUACCAGUUCUAAGAGGCGGCAUCGGUGAACUUUGCGUUUCUGGAAAACUAGUCGGAAAAGGAUAUCUCAAUCGCCCAGAACUUACGAUUGAGAAAUUUCCUACGCUAAUCAAUUUUGAUGAGCGAGUAUAUCGCACCGGAGACCUUGUUCGAAUAUUGCACGAUGGCACCUUCCUCUUCCUCGGUCGUGCUGAUGAUCAAGUCAAACUUCGUGGUCAACGCUUGGAGUUAAGCGAAAUCAAUGAGGUGAUCAAGAAAAGCAGGAGCGACCUAGAAGAGGUAGUCACAUUAGUCCUAAAACACAAAGCACAAGCUAAAGAGCAGCUGGUCACAUUUUUUGUCGUAUCAGGAAAGGAUGAGUCGAAAGAUAGUGAAGUAAUUCCCUUUAUCAGAGAUGCCUGUAGCUCGCGACUUCCAGGAUAUAUGGUCCCAACACAUUUCAUCCCAAUUAAAGCUCUUCCUCUCAACGCAAAUAACAAAGCGGAUGCGAAACAACUCGCAGCUAAAUUCAACGAUUUGAGUAUAGAAGAUCUUCAAAACAUGAGUACCCAGGUGCAGAACCACGCAGGAUGGACAAACAGAGAGAAGAAGGUGGUAGACAUCAUUGUUAAGGUGUUUCCCAUCGACGUUCCAGAGUUAACACGCAGUUCGAAUAUUUUUCAACUCGGUCUCGACUCCAUUAGUAUGACCGCCUUUUCGAGCUCCUUGAGAACCUCAGGGUACAAUAAUGCCACCAACGCCACGGUCAGAAGUAAUCCCACGAUCGGGAAAUUGGUUGAAGCACUUCUUGCUGCCAAAACGAAUGAUGGCAGAGGAAACCCACAUCUUGUUAAAGCUCAACUAAGAAUUGCCGGGUUUUCACAGCAGCAUACAGUCGCCAUUUGCAAGGACUUGGCGGUUUCACCCGAACAUAUUGAGAGUAUUGCACCUUGCACUCCUGUCCAGGAAGCAAUGAUCUACAGGUUACUUGAGAGCGAUGGAGAAUUGUAUUAUAACCACUUUCAUUACCGGUUAGCAUACGGAAUCAAUUCUGAACACCUUUCCGCUGCGUGGGAUCUUGUCGUUUCUAAUCUUCAGAUCUUGAGAACCAGAUUCGUUUUAACAGACGAUGGCUAUGCCCAGGUGGUUCUCAGACCCAAGGCAUCUUCAAAGCUUUGGGAGUCGGGUACCGUGUCAGAAACCUCGGACAUUCUUAAGAAGCCGUGGUCUUUUGAUAUUAAAAAACUUUUAACUAGAGAAGCCUUAGAGCUCAAUGUUUUCCAUGGUCUUUAUGAUGGAAGUAGUCUGGGAAUGAUUUUGAGUCAUCUUUGCGGCGAAUUCCGCCAAUUACCGAGCAUUCAAUAUGGACCGGAUUUCCAUUCAUCGUUGGCUUAUGGACCGCUAUCAAUAGUUCCCGGAAAGGAAGCAUUCUGGAAAUCCCAUUUACAGACAUGGACUCAUUAUUCCUUACCUCAUGACUACAAAUAUCUAGGAACUCGUAUGUACUCUCGUACAUUUGACCUACACGACUUUGAAAUAAGACGAAAAGCCUUAUCUGUUGCGCCGCAGGCUAUAAUUCAAGCAUCAUGGAUCUCAGCUAUUCAAAAAAUCAUUUCUACCAAGCUGACGACAAUUGGAAUUGUCACAUCCGGCAGAGCAGUCGAUUUCGAAGGAGUCGAUAAAGUUGUUGGACCUCUUUUCAACACUGUGCCCUUCCAUCUUCCGGUCCAAGCUGGCACUCAAAUUUCCUCAAUCAUACAGGAGUGUCACCAAAUCAAUAUGGAAAUGCAAGAAUUUCAACAUACGCCAUUGAAUGACAUUAAGAAAUUAGUUUCUGUUGCAGCUACAAGACCACUCUUCGAGGCUCUAUUCGUAUUUCAACGUCCAGAUGGUAAUGAGGAGCAAUUAUCGAAUAUACUGGAAAAGACGAUCUCUUCUAAAGAGUGUAUAGAUGCAGAUUAUCCGAUAGCACUCGAAGCUACUCUGAAUCACGAUAGUACAAAGCUUGUGUUGAAUAUGGUCGUAGAGAGCUCAGUUGUGUCAGAAGAAUUGGCAAGCCUUGUGUUCAUGAAGAUGGACAACACUCUUCGAACUAUUCUUCCCGGUAACGGUAAAGUGACACGAAUGGUUGGUACUGGACCUUAUGAUCCGCUGCUCCACUCAAUUCUUUCAGAGCACUAUGGUCAGCCGAACUUUAGCGACAAUUCAAGUCACAUAGAGCCACCUUCAGGACCUUUACACCAAUCUAUCCACUCAGGCCAAAUACUUUUAACCAAAGAAAAAAGUGAUGUUGUUUGCAAGGAGAUUGCGAUUUUGGCCAAAGUUGAUAAAAUAGAUAUCCAUGAUCCUAGAUCUAUAUUUGAACUUGGACUUGAUAGCAUCGAUGUAAUCAAGUUGUCUUCACGUCUGCGAAAGAACGAGAUUGUGAUAUCUGUCAGUGGCAUUAUUAAAUGUCAAACGAUCACCAAGAUCAUAGGAGCUGCGACGCUGUCCAAAGAAAUUUCAUCCGACACAUUGUCUACCGAGAGACUCGUGGACAUUAGUCGCAGGCUUGAUGAGUAUCUAAAGCCUAGGCUUCCUGCAGACCUCGAAUCCAUUUUACCGGCUACACCUUUACAAGAGAGCAUGUUAAAGGAAAUGGUUGCUUCCAAUUUCAAAAGCUAUUUGACCCUCCAAGUUUUCGAACUGAGUGACAAAACUCAGGAGAAAAGACUGUUGGAUGCUAUGGAUCUUGUUAUUGAAAAGUCGCCAAUUCUGAGAACAACCUUUCUUGAAGUUCAAGACCCACAGUCUCCCGUCAACUACGCACAGAUUGUUCACAAAAGAUGGAAAAAGAUAGGCAAAGAAUAUCCACUUAAUGGAAAAGGUCAUGCGAGCCUCGAAGAAUUUUUGCAAGCAGUAGAAAACAGAUUAAGAGCACGCAUGUUGUCGAUAGAGCGCCAAUUGUUUGGAAUAAUCCCUGUACAUUUUGAGAACAGGAGAUUCAUCGUAAUGGGGAUUUCACAUGCUCUCUACGAUGGGAAAUCACUGCCGAUGAUACACGAUGACAUCAGCAAAGCUUAUAGGGAGCAAACAAUUGCUAGUCGUCCAGACUAUAGACCAUGCCUCGCAGAGAUCUUCAAUGCUGAUAGUCACGAAGCAAAAGAUUUCUGGAAGGCUACACUGUGGAAUUCGCCACCAGCGAUAUUUCCAAAGCAGGAGUCAUCACCAAUUGACGAGACUACGACUCACCGACACGAGAAGCAUUCCGAGUUCUCUCUAGGGAAAAUCAGAAGUUUCUGUCGCUCUUCUAAUAUUACACUGCAGACUCUGGGACAAGCAUGCUGGGCUUUGGUUCUUGCAGAACUCAUGGGUCAAUUUGAUGUUGUGUUUGGCACCGUGCUUGCCUGUCGUGAUACAAGUGAUGCAGCCAGCGAAGUAAAUUUCCCACUGUUCAAUACUGUGGCAGUUCGAUCAGUACUUCGCGGAACUGUGGGUCAAAUGCUGCGGGAUAUGCAGGAAAAGAGCGAUAUGACUCGUCAAUUUCAACAAUUUCCCCUUGGGAAAGCUCAAGCACUCGCACUUGGCUCUCGAGAUCACUCAAUCAAAGAUACCACUUUAUUCGACACAUUAUUUACAUACCAAGGUUCUCGGCUUGAGAAAGAAUCUGAUCCAUUAUAUUCGUCAUUUGGUGGGUCCUCAGACGUUCAAUUCGCAAUCUGUGUUGAAAUGGAGGUUGAAGAUAAAUCUGAUCGUCUUUACUGGACAACGGCUUGUAAGUCUGAGGCUAGAAAUUUCUCGCAGACCAAAGAUAUUCUCGAAAAAUUAGACAAGAUUCUUGGGAGAAUUAUGGCAGACAAGCAAGAACAGAUUGUUACAAUUCACAGCGACGGAGUCUCUGUAUGCGGAUCUUCAAAAUUUCAACUUCGAGAAAGUCCUUGUCUGCAGAAAAACUCCAAAGUAUCUUCUGCUUGGUCUCAGAUAGAAAUGGAUCUUCGAAAAUCAAUCUCUAUCGUUUCAGGUGUCCCGGAGAAAGAUAUCCUUAAAGACUCAACAAUCUUUCAAUUGGGCUUGGAUUCAGUUACAGUCCUCAAGCUUCCAGCACAUCUCAAGAACUACAAACUUCAUCUGAUUGUUUCGGAAAUCAUGAGACAUCUCACAAUCCAGGAUAUGGCUGAUCAUUUACUUGGUAAACAAGACCUGGAAUCGAAUACUCCUGCUAAUGUCGAGGUCGAUGUUGACCUCGUCCUGGUUCAAUCUACGCCAUCUAUCGACCAGGUUCAGCUCAAGCAAUUGAUUGAUACUUCUGGCGAGAUAGACUACAUCAUGCCCGCAACAGCAGGUCAAACUUAUAUGAUCAGGCAUUGGCAAAACUCUCAAGGAUCUCUCUUUCAAGCAAUUUUUGAGUUCAAGUUAUCUAGCGGCUACGAUCCACAUCUACUCGAUUUUGCUUGGUAUAAUCUGCUACUUCAGCAUGAUAUCCUAAGAACUGGAUUCAUUGACUUAGAUUCAACCAUCGUUCAAGUUGUUUACAAAGAACCGACAAGUAUAAUAACAUAUGUUGAGGAGCGACCUAGUCUUCAACAGCGAUGUAGCCUUCAAGAUCCACCAAUAAGUCUUUUUGUCAUCACGCCACCGAAUAGUUCGGAACAGGCUGAGAUGCACCUAAUUAUUCAUCAUGCUCUUUAUGAUGGAAUCAGCAUCUCCUUGUUGUUUAAGAAAUUGAUGGCUUGGUAUAAUCACGCAGAUACUAUGGCUAGGUCCACAUCUACAAUUGCCAAAAAUAGAUGGAAGACGUUUGUUGCGACGGCAAUACAGGAAAAAAAUAAUCCAUCCGUGAGAGAUCAAUGGAUUGAGUAUCUUGGCAUGGCUCACUAUAGACAAGUAAGCCCUGAUCUAGAUCUCGAAUUCGAGGUAAUAGGACCUGGAAUCAGGAAGCCCAGUCGAGUUGAAGUUUUCAGACCUGGUGUACCAGCCAAAGGUGUCAAGACACGUGCAAAAAAUGCAGGUGUUUCUAUUGAUCACAUACUUAUCGUUCUGGCGUCGACAGUCUUAAACGAUCAACAAAACAAGAAUGAUGAGGAUGCUGAAGAAGAUCUCAUUGUUGGUCUAUAUUUAGCCAAUCGCUUUCCAUUUUCACAGAAUCUCUCUACAAUGAUGGCACCCACCCUCAAUCUAUUGCCAAUCAAAAUCGUGCCAAUGGAUCGAGAUGAAGAUGAUGAUUUAGCGAUAUCAGAGUUGGCCAAGAAUGUGCAGAAGGAUCUAGCUAAGAUUAGUAGAGGAGGAAUGGCUAACGUGGGGCUGGACGAAAUCUACCAGUGGACUGGUGUGAAAGUGCAUGGAUGGAUCAAUAUUGUUAAAGGCGUUUCUGAUCACGGUGUGAAGACAGAUGAAGAAGACUCCGAAGAUAUGUCGGAUUGGGAAGUUGUUGAAGACUUGAACGGAAGUACGGCAAAGGAGCAUGAGAAGCCUCAAGGAGAGUUCAGUCUAAAGUCUGUGAAGGAUAAGCAAGAAAACACGACUGGAGAUGAUCUUCUUCAACCACUGUUUGAUACGGAAGGAUAUGCUAGAGUGGUGAAGCCGAGGAGGGAUCAGAAUAUGUUUGUUAGGAAGGAUUCGGGGGCGUAUCCUCCAUCAAUCGAUAUAGAAAUUCGCUAUCAUCCUGAGAAUGAAACAAUCGAUGUUGGAAUCUUUGGGCCGGAUGAUAUGUUUAGUCUUCAUCAAGCUGAGGAGUGGAUUAAAAUGCUUGCAAUGUUGUGUUUUUGA